AUGUUGUGCACUAAACAUUUUAAGAAAUCAUCAUUCAUUGAUAAUUUUGUAAAGAGGCUAGUCAAAUCUGCAGUACCUGAUGAGGAAUGUGAUAAGAUCACAUUAGCUGACCUUAAUUUGGAACAAAGAAAUGUCAUUCAACAUAUUGCAGGUCCAUCAACUAAUAAACAACCACUGUCUGAAAAUAUUCAGAAGACUAUAACUGUUCCAAAUGUAUUUGAGCCUGUUGCGGGUCCGUCAAAAUUUAUACAACCCUUGUGUGAGAAUGUGAAUUAUAAGACCAUUCCUGACAAAACUAGUGCUAUUCCUCAAGUAACUGAGAAUAUCAACCCUGUUGCUGCUGCAAAUCCAUCCACGAAAAACAAAAAGGAUAAAAAAGAUAUGUUGAUAAAAAUGAAAUAUCAUCUGAGAAAAAUUAACAGGCUUCAUAAAACUGUAAAGCAUCUAAAGAAUGAAGCAUUUCUCAAAGUAUUGAGCAAAAAUGAUUCAGUAAAUGAAAUAUAA